GCCAUUUGACCAAAUUGAGAGCGAUGAUCGCUAACUACGUCCCACUUGGUUUGCUGCAACGACCAACGUCUGCUUUCUGGUCGAUUGACAAUAUCCCUACCUCGUCGUAUCGAAUCGUCACUGCACUGCACUCUAUUAUCCUGCCGCGGUACUCCUGACGGCCUUCCGAAGUGGUCGAUCUAUCCAGGGUUGCUGCAAAUCUUGAAGUAGAAAAGGACUCUAUCGUGGCAGCAACGCAAACGCCUUGUCUUUUGUCGACGGGUCGCUCCAUGUCUGGAAAUCAAUCUGAGCGCUCGUCCUCUGAUCCACCUCCGUAUCGCUCGGCAGAUGAGAUUGUGCGCUCCAUACUCGAUGACCAAGCUUCUUCGGCUUCGGAUAUCAGUCCCUCUGGCGAGUUAUACCGAGCGAUCGAAAGAUUCCACGCCAACGCCCAUCGCCGACCAGGCCUGCUUAGUAGCGCAAGACGAGAUUUGAUACGGAACCAUCUGAAUCGGUGGGCCUCGGCGUCUCGCUCCUCAUCUCGCAACAGCAUGUCUUCUGAAUCCAACUCCGGCUCAGAGCCUCAUCGUAGAUUCUCAAGAGAACCCCAAACUACGAACCCAUCUAGUGCUACUGCAUCCGGAGCCCCGUCUCUGCCUCCUCUGCGUUCACUGAACACGGCUCGACGCUCAAAUAUGCCAGCCUCAGGCGCAUCAAGUGCAUCAGGACGUCACACCCGAUCUCGUGCUUCCGAACGAUACUCGGAUCGAAAUCGCAGUGCUACUUCCAGCCAGGCAGGUGCAGGUGCAGGUGCUGGUGCUGGUGCUGGUCCUGGUGCAAAUACCCACAUAGAGCAUUCCGACUAUCUGAUGCAGAUGAUGCUACUAGAACAACAGCAAAUUCGACGUAUGAGAGCAGCGCGACUUGACACUUCGAGGGAGCAGCAUCAGAUGGAUGAAGCCAACGCCCAGCGGCAAUUAGAGGAUGCAAAUAGUCAACUCCGCGCUCUUUUGGACUUCACGCACACCCCACCGCAUCCGUACUCAGAGCUGUCCUUCCCGUCACCACCACUGCAAGCUCAAGAACCCAAUGAGGAGAGUCGCCGGUUCAAGCGGCGGAAACUAGACUCGGAUCGUCUGUCUAAUGGCUUCAAGGGGUUUAGCUACGGCAAAUACGGACAGGUUGAGCCGGGUCAAUUGAAGAUGGAGAUCGUCACCUGCGAUGGAGGCAUCUUCUCAGAUGACAAUGGACACGCUGCGGAAAAUAUCCUGAAGAACGACUCAAGUGUCUAUUGUACAAAAGGCCCUCGAUGCAAUAUUGUGUUACGGCACCAAGGGGCCACAGUGUUCACCUUGAAAGAGUUGGUCAUCAAAGCACCCCGGUCGAAUUACACAUCGCCUGUACAGGAGGGAAUGGUGUUCAUUUCCAUGAACUCGGAUGAACUGUUGGCUCGAACGACCCAGUACCAGAUCCAAUAUAUACCUCCAAGAAACUCGCGACGGCGCGUGGAGCGGGAGACGCAGCCGUUGGCACCAAUUGUAUCCACUCGACACAAUGACGAUGGGAGUACUAUGACGGGGUCUCAGGUUAGAGCCCGUCGGUUGUAUAAUAUUGGCAUGGACGAUGAGGAUAACGACUCUCGAGUCGCCCAGAUUCCUUCUGAGUUUGCGAGCACCCCGCCACCUUUCCAGGUUACGACGGAGUGUAGCGAUGACGAAGACGACGCGACAUACGGAGGAGAUUGGCGUGCGCCGAAUAGAAUCGGGUCGCUGCCAUUUGAGGGUGAUAGUAGCGACGACGGAGGCAACCUGGAUGAUUUUGGCUUGAGCGGUUCGGAAUACCGGUUGCGGCGCCAUCGAAACCGUGCGGACAUUGCCCUUGCAGAGGCUGCUGAAUCUGCCCAGGCUGCUUCGCAAGAAGCUUUGCGAGCCGGCGGAGGUGAAAUGCUGGCACCUCAUGCGAGAUUCUUCAUCGAGAGUCACAAGAGCAAAUGCACCAUCAAGUUCGACCCGCCAGUGUCGGGCAGAUUCAUCCUUUUGAAGCUAUGGAGUCGACAGCGUGACCUCUCCGACAACGUUGACAUCCAAGCUGUGGUAGCGAAGGGGUUCGCUGGUCCGAGAUACUUCCCUGCUGUGGAGCUACGGUGAUGUUGGAACAUGGCCAACAAAAUGUUCGUUUGCAUGCAUUAUGACUAUAUAUGAUGGCGUCUCGGAACACUGGGGGUGGAUGUUAUACCCGAGUAUGAAGUGGGUGCGCAGGAGCUGUUCCUGCGUCGACAGGCGCAUGCCUGGGGGCCCUUUAGAUAGUUGGGUUUUUCUAAUGAAUCAUAUGCGGAUUGGUCUUGCUUCAUGGCAGUUGUGAUUGGGUUAUCUUCAAAUUCUGUUUCGCGCUUAAUGGGUAGUUGAGGCUGUU